CCACCCACCUUAGGACAACGCUGGACGCGCUGAUCAACUGGGCGCGCCAGGGCUCGCUCUGGCCGCUGACCUUCGGGCUGGCGUGAUGCGGCAUCGAGAUGAUGCACGUGUCGAUGCCGCGGUACGACAACGACCGGCAGGGCAUCAUCUUCCGGGCGUCGCCGCGCCAGGCCGACGUCAUGAUCGUGGCCGGCACCGUGACCAACAAGAUGGCGCCGGCCGUGCGGCUGUGCUACGACCAGAUGCCCGACCCCAAGUGGGUCAUCAGCAUGGGCAGCUGCGCCAACGGCGGCGGCUACUACCACUACAGCUACUCGGUCGUCCGCGGCGUCGACCGCAUCCUGCCCGUCGACAUCUUCGUGCCGGGCUGCCCGCCCACCGCCGAGGCGCUGAUGUACGGCAUCCUCCAGCUGCAGAGGAAGAUGCGGAGGACCAAGAUCACGAGGAUGUGGUACCGCAAGUAGCCCAUCACUAGUGCCAGUCUCG